CACAAGACAGAGGACAUGAAGUCUUGAAAUCCUAAUGAUAAACAACAAUUUUGACAAAACUGGUACUUAAUUAGUUCUUUAACACAUGUUAAAAUUAUCUAAAAAACUGGAAUAAUUUUCCUGUGGAGCCAUGUUUUCACUGGUAUUAUUCUCAGGUUUCGUUACCCUCACACUGUGUGCUCCCCAGUAUGUCUUUGUGAAUAAAUCCAAGACUUGGGCAGAAGCUCAGAGAUACUGUAGAGAGAAAUACACUGAUCUGGCCACCAUUGAAAAUGAACAACAGACUCUCCAGUUAAUGGACACAGUGAAUGAUAAUAACAUUGAUUUGGCCUGGAUUGGACUCUAUGAUGAUCUGGACAGUUGGAAAUGGACUCAAGAGGACAGUGAUUUCUUCAAGGUUGGACAAAAAAACUUCAGGAACUGGCAUAACCCAGGACCAGACAAUUAUGGAGGACAAAGUCUGUGUGUUUAUAUAAACAAUGGGUUAUGGUAUACAACAAGCUGCUCAAAUACAUUUUAUCCUACAGUCUGUUAUGAUGGAAGAGAAAAUGCCAGUGCAACUUAUGUGUUGGUUUACCAGUAUAAAAACUGGACUGAAGCUCAGAGUUACUGCAGAGAACAUCACACAGACCUCGUCAGUAUCAGGAAUGAGAAUGAAAACCAGAAGAUCCAGUAUUUGUUACGGAAUUUUUAUUAUUACAGUGUUUGGAUUGGACUAUACAGAAUCAGGUCUUGGUCAGACCAGAGCAACUCUUCAUUUACUUACUGGAGCACAUGGCAGCCAGAUACUUCAGGAUCCUGCACUGCAGUGUCAUUUAGUGACUCUGGAAAAUGGACUGAUGAAAACUGCAAUUAUGAAUUUCCUUUCUUUUGCCACAGUGGUGCAUUAACAUCAUCCCAUCAGUAUCACUUUGUGAAUGAGUCUAAGACCUGGACUGAAGCUCAGAGAUACUGCAGACAGAAUUACACUGAUCUGGCCACCAUUGAUAACAUGGAGGAAAUGAACAGGCUGAUUAACACAGUUAAUGGGAGUUACAGUGGCUCAGCCUGGAUUGGACUGUAUGAUGAUGUGAACAGCUGGAGAUGGUCACUGGAAGACAAUGAUUUCUAUCAGGAAGGAGAGAGAGAUUUCAGAAACUGGUAUCAUGAACCAGACAAUAAUGGGGGUAACGAACUGUGUGUUUACAUGAAUUAUUAUGGGAAAUGGUAUGAUAUCUCAUGUGACCACACACUGUCAUUUGUUUGCUAUGAUGGUAGAGUGAAUGCCACACAGAGUUACAUCAGAAUCUAUAACAGGAAAACCUGGUCAGAAGCUCGUAGAUACUGCAGAGAUCAUUACACAGAUCUGGUCAAUGUGAGAAAUCAGACUGAGAACCAGAGAAUCCUUGAGACAACAGGUGGAUAUGGAGUCUGGAUCGGACUGUACAGAAACAGAACUUGGUCAAACAGUCAAAAUACCAGUUAUCAAAACUGGAGGCCACAUAUUCCUGGGUUACAAACUCAACCAGAUAAUGGUGCUAACCUUGCUUAUGAACAUGGAUAUCAGCACUGCACUGCAGUAUCAUUCAGAUAUUCAGGCCGAUGGACAGAUGAGGUCUGUUUAUCCAGCAUGCCUUUCUUCUGCUACAGCAGAACCUGUGCACAAUCUUCAUGCACCCGUCAGUAUCAUUUUGUGAAUGAGUCUAAGACCUGGACUGAAGCUCAGAGAUACUGCAGACAGAAUCACACUGAUCUGGCCACCAUUGAUAACAUGGAGGAAAUGAACAGGCUGAUUAAAACAGUACGUGGCACAUACUAUGGAUCAACUUGGAUUGGACUCUAUGAUGAUAUGAACAGCUGGAGAUGGUCUCUGGAUAAUACAGCAUUAGAAGGAGGUUUUAAAAGCUGGUAUGUUCAGCAACCAGUGAACUCGAAUGGACAGAGUCUGUGUGCAUAUAUCUCAUUUUACCAGGGAACCUGGAGUGAAAUCUUUUGCUCCUAUAGAUAUUAUUUUGUUUGCUAUGAUGAAGGAGUGAAUGCUAGUUCAAGUUAUGUGUUGGUUAACCAUCCCAAAACCUGGACUGAAGCUCAGAGUUACUGCAGAGAACAUCACACAGACCUCGUCAGUAUCAGGAAUGAGACUGAAAACUACAGGGUUCAGUUAUUAAUUCCAUAUUAUUCAGCUGUUUGGAUUGGACUGUACAGAACCAGAUCUUGGUCAGAUCAGAGCAACUCUUCAUUCAGUAACUGGAGGACAGGACAGCCAGAUAAUGCUGGAAACCGUGAAUACUGCACUGCAGUGUCAUUUAGUGACUCUGGAAACUGGACAGACGAAAACUGCAACGUAGCAUUACCUUUUAUUUGCUACAGCGCAUCAGCAUCAUCCCGCCAGUAUCACUUUGUGAAUGAGUCUAUGAGCUGGACUGAAGCUCAGAGAUACUGCAGACAGAAUUACACUGAUCUGGCCACCAUUGAUAACAUGGAGGAAAUGAACAGGCUGAUUAACACAGUUAAUGGGAGUUACAAUGGUUCAGCCUGGAUUGGACUGUAUGAUGAUCUGAACAGCUGGAGAUGGUCACUGGAAGACAAUGAUUUCUAUCAGGAAGGAGAGAGAGAUUUCAGAUACUUCUAUCAUGAACCAAAUAACAUUGCUGGGAAUGAACUGUGUGUUUACAUGGAUUAUAAUGGAAACUGGUUUGAUUAUUCAUGUGACAAUUAUUACACAUUUGUCUGCUAUGAUGGUAGAAAAAAUGCAACUCAGAAGUAUGUCUGGGUAUCUGAGGGAAGGACCUGGACUGGAGCUCAGAGCUACUGCAGAGAGAAAUACACAGACCUGGCCAGUGUGAGAAAUGAGACAGAGCAUCAACAGAUACUGGCCCUUACACGUUAUUAUGAUUAUUAUUAUGGGUAUUAUUAUGGAUAUAAUGUAUGGAUUGGUCUGCAUAGAAACAGACUGUGGUCAGAUCAGAGCAGCUCUACCUUCACAUAUUGGCUUCCAUCAACUCAAAGUCUUGCUGCACAACCAGAUAAUGGUGCAAAUGUCCCAGGAGAGUGGGGAUCUCAACACUGCAUAGCUGUGUCUUUACAAUACUUUGGUCAGUGGACAGAUGAGAACUGCUUUGCCAGUUUGCCUUUCUUCUGUUACAGUGGUGAGCAAAUAUACCUGCUUUAAUGAAAUUAAAAAAUAAAUAAAUAAACAAAUGAACAUCAGGCUGUUGCACACAAGAAAAGGUGGAUGUAAAUGUGGAUUCUGUAAAAUAAAAAGAAACAAAAGUCUGCAUGAUGAGUGUAACAUAUGAUACUUCUGGUAAGUUUUGCUAAUGCUUCUGUUUGUUUUUUUUUGUUUGUUUUUUUGGCUGAACCUGAUCAUCAUCAUAUCGACCCACUUAUUCAGACGUGUAUGUGAUGGGAAUGCGAGUAGAAGUUACAAGUCUAGAAAAUUUGUCAGAGUCUCAGAUUGAAGAGCUUGUGAUUAUACAGUUACAAGAGGAGCUGAUGAGGCUCGGACUUCCCAACAACGUCACCAUGAAUUUAAGAGACUAUCGGAAGAUCAAUCCCUGACAGAGGAUGCUCCAGUGGACAUAUUGAAUCAGUGAAGGGCUUUGUAUCAAAAUAACUGUAGCUUGAAUUUAAUAUCAGAAUGAUGGGAAAUUGGGCUUAAACAUAUUUUAAUCAAUAGUUUUUCAUGUAAAAUCAUAUCAGGUGAAAACAAUAUUUUAUAAUACAUUAUAAUCAUUUUACUUAAUGAUUUUUUUUUUUUCAAUAUGAUCUGAAUACGAAAUAUAUGACUAUAAGAUGAUUGGGGAUUUUGUGUUUGUUUUGAAUUCAUGCAUAAUAAUGGUACUGAAUGUUGUGUCUGUAA